AAUACAACUACCCCAAAUAAACAAGCCCUCGAAAAAAGCUUCUAUCACAGUCCCUGAGCGGCAAAUGCUGACUGGGAUUGGGACCGGAGGGAAGAUCUUGUUUACGCAGAAGAUAUUCGAGGCGAGUGGACACGAUUUGGACGAUGGUCCACCUGACAGAGCUGCGUCUAGAAGUAGACAACAAGGACCAGCACAAGUGCAAGAUCGCGAGGUGUAUAGUGUGUUUCACGAUCAAGUCUGAUGGAAAUGCGAGCUGGUGGUCUUUUUUGAGAACAUGCUGCAAAAGAGGACUUACUGUACACCGUAGGUGUAAAGUAGGUCUACCUGAUGUAGAUGCUUCGUUUCAAUACUUUUACUGGCUUAUUCAAAACAGAUCCUCCUCCUCCACCGCGGUAUCCUACGCGGAGAAGAUCGUCCAAAACGUGCAGGAAAAUUUCUGUCGGCAUGUCACAGACAUUCCCUCGUUCGACCGUGAGCCACAGUUCACGUCGAAAUGGGAAGAAUGUAGGGCGGACAUGUACAACAAUAUUAAAGACUUUUACUCUGGCAGCGCAACAUCUACUGAAGACGUUGAACAAGAACCUCUACGCCCCUCCCCCAGCUCCCUGCUCAAUCCCUGCACGGCGCAGAAAAAAUCCAACGACUACCACCUCGCGCUCUACGAGGAUUUCCACCUGUCCGAUCGGGCGGUGGACAUGGAAUCCGAUGAAGGGCAGUCGUUCUUCUGGCGCUUCGUCACGCGAAAGUUUCGCCCGCACCACGGGCCGGGAAUUUUGUUUAACAGCACGCAUUAUCAAAUGCAAAAAUGUCUGGGUCUGGAAGAGUGGAACUUGUAAUGCUGUCUGCGGAUUCUGAAAAUAUCUGUGUUGCAUGAGCAGUAAGAGGAGUCAGCUCUUGGCACACGGAGAGGGCAUUUUUCAUGCGUAAUUAGCAUCAAGGCGCUCUCAAAAAAUCUGUGAUGCUAGCACCAGCAUCACAGACCUGAUGUGUCAUGCAAAAUGUGCAUGACAAGCCCCGACUCUUCCAGACCCAGACAUAAUUGCAGUUCAUACGCAUUGGAUCCAGCUGCAGAAACACAACCGCUGGUCGAAACCGCCAAACGAGCGGAUUGGAUGGUGGGGCUGCAAGCCGACGCUGCGAAACUUGACGAUAGACGAUGAAACAGGAGACCUCCUCGUCCCGGAUGAAACAUUAGAAGAUGCUGGUCCUCGACAAGUUAGUGAAGAUAAGUUUGCACCAACAAUCAAGAACGAACGAAGAGAAACUACAGAUCAAUCAGAAGAAGAAUUGGAAGUAACGACCGAAGCUGGUGCACGAAGUCGCCAAACGCCCCCGCAAACUUUCCUUCAGCAGAACAAACAGCAUUCCAAUUGCGUUGUCAACCUCAUCCGCGAGUUCCCCUUCGCGUUUGGACACUUCCUGAGCGACCUGCUGCCCGCGAUUCUGUGGACCAUGGAGUCUUUAGCCAGGAUACUGGUAAAGGUAAACGUAAAGGAAGUGAGAAGUGAUGAAGUUGUAGCAGACCACCCGAACAUGUCAACGACUCAAGAAAAUUUGAAAAUCGAGUUCCGGAUACUAGACGAGGGCAAACCAAACAGCAGGAUCUUCAGUAAAAAAGCUUCUCCCAACGGGGAGGACCACAACCACUACUACGGUGGGACAUUUGAAGAGGAUUCGCAAGAGGCGUCCAGGGCAGAGCCGGACGUUAAAGUAGAGAAUAUCCUCGAGAACUUCUCUGGUCUGGAAAAGUUAGUCCGCGAAAAUUUCCACCUGUUUCGACGGCAAAGAGCAUUUUUAGACGACGAAAGAAGAAGAAAAAGAAGUGAGAACAACGGAAACAAGCGGAAGCAAGAUGGAACAUCAAAAGCCGAGGAAAAAACCUCCAACUUCGAGUUCCCGCUCUUGCAGAUGUGUAACACUUUCGUGGUCCCGUGGAACCACUUGGCCAGGACGGUGUACGAGUUGCUACGGCAAAACCUGAAAAUGAUGUGGUCUGUUGCGAUAAAGGGUACUACAUCGUCUUCUACUUCUUCACAGGAGCCUGCUUCUUCUUCCCCGACAGUAGUGGACUCGCCCAUACACCGCCUGUUUCAUGGUGUAUACGACACGAACGAAGCAAUCACCCAUUCUCUCCUACUAUCCCACUCUGGCUCUUCCAUUUCCUCUUCAUCCCAUAAAAAUUCUGUCGAGAACAGCUUUCAAAAGAUCCUGCAAAACAUUCUCCACUCCAAUAUUAAGCUGAUUCCCUGGGAGGGCCCCAUGGUGGCUUUCUACGCGAAAUACUGGAUUAUUGCGGCGCCGAGCUACUGCGAAAACAUCGCUCCAACCUAUAACGCGGAAGUCAUGACCCCGCACGGAUCGAAACUGAUCUCGAAAUAUCUCAGCUACUUCACAAGCAGCAACCCUUUUGAUACGGCUUCUAUGCCGCAUCAAAGUAGAAGAACUGCUACCACUUCAAGAAGCGCAGCACGACCAAAGAUGUUGCCUGGAGAAGCAGAGGCACAAGCACGUCGACCCAACGAAAUGCAAAUACAAGCAAAUCACGGUGGGGGAGCACAACAACACGUCGACCAGCAACACAAACCUUCUCUCAACGUGGUUUUGAUCCAAAGGGAAGGGUCGGUGGAAACGAUGAAAAAGAAGGAGUACGCCUGGCACUUUCCGUACACGUUUUUGGUCCGUAGUUGGGUGGAGCAUCGGAUAUUUGUGAGAUUGGUCGAGCUGUAUAACCGAGGGAUUGCGAGGAGGUCGGAUAGGUUGCAGGAAUGCCAGUUGGAGGAGGAGGAUAUUUUUGACAUUUACUCGGCAGGGGAGGAGGACGAGAGUGUACAGGAACAAAUGCAAGAUGAAGAAACACAACUACAUGUUGAUCAAACUGUAGCAGCACGUGAUGAUGAUGUCACAGAAUCAACACUCUUGGCAAGCACAUCCACAUCCACUAGAGAAAAAAUUAUCAACACCCAUUUCGAAGCCGCGUUUGAGCUCUGUCAGAAACUUCUAGCGACGCUGGUGAAGCUAAACACAGAUGAGACAGCAUCAAAUGAGGACAGUUCUGUCGGUACCAGAGCUACUCCGGUUUUUGGAUCAACAACUCCACCGCGAAGCGACUCACAGGACGCGGAGGAGGCGGAAUUCUUUCUUGAAAACAAAAACGACUCGGUAGAAGAACCAUCGGAGAGCAGUAGUACCAGAGCGCAACUGACCACAGGAAGGGACUCAGAUAGUGCAACUACGCAACCCGGCACACCUGUUGCAACUACUCUUUCCCCCGAAAUAAAUCAGGAGAAAAACGCGAUGUACUUCAAACCCAUCAACCUCGUGAUUCAGAAUUUCACCAAUAUCGGCCUGCGCGAGUCUAUCGACCGGUUUGCGCAUGCGGAGGUCGUAUCAACUGCAAAUAUGUCUGGGUCUGGAAGAGUGUACACGUGUCACGCAGGUUUUCCAUGACCCAUGAGGUCUGGAAUGCGGGACCUAGCAUGGCAGACUCUGUGAGGUCUUUGUCAUGUCUAUCCUGCAUGAGAAACUCCCUGCUCCCAACUUGGUUGAGAGUGGACAGCUUUUGGCGCUCAUGCAAGACAGAAUUUUGCAUGAUUCGGAUUUAGCAUGACAAGUUCCAACCUCCCAGACCCAGACAUAUUUGCAUUUGAUAGGUCGCAAUUUACCCCUUCGGCUCCGCUAGCAGCAACGCGGCGUUUAUGCGCAGGUGGGGUGGAAUAAGUAGACCACCGGAACGAGCGGGAAUUACUGCGAAAGCAAACAGCAAUCUCCAUCCCUCCACGCGCACGCUCCCCCUCUGCGUGGAAUUUGUCGCCAGUGAGACGAGCAUGCCGGCGCGGGGGAAAAACGAAAUCGUGAAUGCGUUGGGGUUUGAGUACCUCCCCCUGGCGUACAACGAGAGUUACACCCACAGGCCGAUCUUCCUAGACCCUUUGCGGGUGUUUGCCGCGAUCCGGAGUAGGUUGGUGUAUUGAAACCAGUGAUUGAAGGACUUGGGGUGUAACAUGGGAGGUCAGAAGCGGUCUUCGACGUGUAGACGAGUGUGAUUGUGGUCAUCAUGCUACGUUGUUGACUGAUAAAAGCGUCAGUGAAUAGUCCACUUUUCAUCCUCCUGGAAAAGACUUUUCGAAAGUGCACAAGAUGUUGAUCACUUGCCAGCAUUUUCUUCUCAUUUUCAAACCCCGAGCAGUAGGGACUACUUGAAGAAAAACACUACACGAGCCGGAGCUUCAUUCAUUG